UUAAUCCUUCUGCAUAAAACCCAGUGCAGCACACAUACAGAAAACCCUGAGUUUGCAGAGCCUGCAAAAACAUUUUGACCAUGGAAGGACAUAGACUCUCAUCCUAUGGAAGACGCUUCGGCUCACAAACCACCUCUGUCCACCAUGCCCUGAGGUUCUCGCCAGGCCGCAGAUACUUUCCUCCAUCUCCCACUACCCAGUUCUCUGUCACUAAGCUGAAGACAGCCAGGCUCAGUUUCCAUUCUGGCCCCAAGUUCUCCUCUGACAAGGUGGAUUUUUCUUUGGCGGAUGCUCUCAACAGUGAAUUCAAAGAGACCCGCACCAAUGAGAAGGUGGAAAUGAUGGAGCUGAAUGACCGUUUUGCCAGUUACAUCGAAAAAGUUCGCUUCUUGGAGCAACAGAACAAAGUUCUUGUUGCUGAGCUCAAUCAACUUCGAGACAAGGAGCCCAAUAAGUUGGCCGACAUUUACCAGGAAGAAAUGAGGGAGCUACGUCACCAAGUAGACCAACUCUCCAACUCUAAAUCCAGGCUGGAGAUUGAGAGAGACAACUUGCUGGAGGAUCUCAACAAUCUCCGGCAAAAAUUGCAGGAUGAGAUUAAUCUGCGCCUUGAAGCUGAAAGCAAUUUGUCUUCCUACCGACAGGAUGUCGAUGAUGCUGCUUUAGUCCGGAUUGAUCUGGAACGUAAAAUUGAAUCAUUGCAGGAGGAGAUUACAUUCCUAAAGAAAAUCCAUGAUGAGGAACUGCGGGAGCUGCGGGAAUAUCUGCAGCAGCAGCAGGUUCACAUUGAGAUGGACAUGACCAAGCCUGAUUUGACAUCUGCCCUGCGUGAGAUCCGCAUCCAGUAUGAGUCCCUGGCCACAAACAAUAUGCAAGAGACUGAAGAAUGGUACAAGUCAAAGUUUGCAGAUUUGAGUGAUGCCGCAGCACGGAACAUUGAGGCACUGCGUCUAGCCAAGCAGGAAGCUAACGAGUACCGCCGACAACUGCAAGUCCUCACUUGUGAUUUGGAAUCUCUUAAAGGAUCGAAUGAAUCUUUGGAGAGACAACUGAGAGAGAUGGAAGACCGCUAUGCUGUUGAGACUACCAACUAUCAUGACAUAGUGAUUCGAAUGGAAGACGACAGUCGGAACUUAAAAGAGGAAAUGGCUCGUCACCUCCAGGAAUACCAAGAACUCCUCAAUGUCAAGCUGGCAUUAGAUAUUGAGAUUGCUACUUACCGCAAACUCUUGGAGGGGGAAGAGGGCAGGAUUACUAUCCCAGUACAGACUUUUUCCAAUCUUCAGAUCAGAGAAACCAGCCUCGACACAAAGUCAGUUUCUGAGGCUCGUCUGAAGAGGAGCAUUGUGAUCAGAACAGUGGAAGCUAGAGACGGAGAGGUGAUCAAGGAGUCCACCCAAGAACAGAAGGAAGUGGCAUGAAGUAAAAACCAGAUCUCAGUACAUGGAAAAAAAAUUCUAAGUUAAGAUGCUAAGAGAGCUUUGCACCCUUCCAGUCAUCAAGCUUGACACAGAAACAGUUUGGGAUCUGCAGCAACCAUGAAAAUAAGAAAUAUGCAAAUUUAAUUACCAUGCCAGAAAAUAACCAAUUACUCAGUAGCUGGUGCUUCAGUUGACUAUAAUGGCUUUUUUGAGUUUAUUUUUAUCUUCAAUAUUUCCAUUGCAGUGACUUUUGGAGUGUCCCAAAUAGCACAGUAUUUAGACCUGGCUAUAGUUUGCUAAAUAAUUGUUCUGGGCCGGCUUAACAGCAAUAACUUGAUGCUUCGCAUUAGAACCAAUAAAUAAAUAGGAAUCAUGUUACUGUGUUACUGAUUACAUAAAAGUGCUGGUUAUGUUUAUGUGUGAAAAUCAUUGACUUAAAGAGAGUAUAAUUUAGAAGAAGCUUCUUUACUGAAGAUAUAAUAAUAAUAAUAGUAGUAGUAAUAGUAAUGAUAAAGUUGGAAGGGACCUUGGAGGUCAUCUAGUCCAAACCCCUGCUCAGGCAGGAAACCCUAUACCAUUUCGGACAAAUGGCUGUCC